UGCCCGCGCAGACGUCGUCGCGGUCAGUUGUUUUUCACCUCGAUGUACAUAUAGUAUGUGAUGUAUGUUUGUUGUGAGUUUGUACAUAAUACGUUUGUGAAGAAGCGUACAUACGGAGUGAAACACUGACUGUGCACGUGCGACGAGUCGAGAAAAACAGAGAGAGAAAAAGGAAGAAAGAGCAAAUGCUAUUUGAGAAGUGACAUUGCAUAUUAAGUGACGUUGCGUGUGUAGAAGUCAGAUAAGGUGACAAUUCUGAAUCGAGACGAGUAAUAUUGCCUUUUAAUAGAGAUACACGCACUGAAAAGAUUCAUUCGAACGGAGGACAAGGUUUCUUCAUCUUAUCAAAUUUCAGAUCAUCAAUUGUCGAGGACCACCAAGAUGUUCUAAGAAUCACGAGAAGACACUUUUGAAGAUAAAUCUGAAGAAGUGAUGUUCACACGUUAAUCAAUUCAGCUAAUAUCUUGCACUUCGUGCCAAAGAGGGUCAUCAAAGAUUUGCGAUAAAGCGAUAAAAUCAAUAAAGCGAUCGAUCGUGGGAGAUAUUGACAAGAAGCCGAUGAGAUACGUGAAGUGCCGUGGUUUAUACAUCGAAUUAUCCUGAAUUACAUCGAGUGAUCAAUCUCAGUCAGUGUUGAGAAAAAGAAAAAAAAAUUUUGCAGACAAUUUUUGUAAAUUUUUAAGAACACAAUUGAAGAAAUCAAUUAUGAAAUUGUGAAGAAAUAUUUUAUUUAAUACGUGGAAAAUUGAUUAAGUCGCAAAAAAAACUGACACGUGCCGGUUAUUGAUAAUUGUUAUGAGCUGAUAAGUUAAACGAUCGUAUUUAAUCGUAUUGAUUGAAGUGACAUAUACAAAACUCGCUGUGAUUUAAUGACGCGUGCAAGGAGCUAUGGAUUCAACGACAAUCAAAUCAAAACCAAAUCCAAGAGAAAAGGCGAACGUUGUAUCAAUAUUGCUGUGGUGGUGGACCACCAGUUUGUUCAAGACAGGAUACAGGAAAAAUCUGGAGAUAGAGGACUUGUAUGAUCCCUUGAAAACUGAUCGAUCAACUGUACUCGGAGAUCGAUUAGAAAAACAUUGGAAAGUCGAGCUGGAAAAUUCAAAAAAACGAAAACGCAAACCGAGUCUGCUGAUUACGAUUUUUCUCACUUUUUUAAAGGAAUAUUCCAUAUUAGGAAUAAUACAAGUUCUCAACGAGUUUGUGAUAAGACUUGGCACGCCGUUCUUAUUGGGAGGUCUUCUGCGUUAUUUUCGAAAAAAUUCGGUGGAACUUUACGAAAUCGCUCUGGCUUAUGGGGCUGGUAUAUGCAUAGCGACCGCUGUGAACGUGAUAAGCGGCAAUCAGGCAAUUUUUGGAGCUUUUCAUGUGGGUGCCAAAGUUCGCGUGGCCGUUUGCUCCGUGGUAUACAGAAAGGCUUUACGACUGAGCAAAACCGCACUGAACGAGACAGCACCAGGAAAGGUAGUCAACUUAGUGGCCAACGAUGUCAAUAGGUUCGAUCUUGUUUCGAUUUUUAUUCAUCACAUGUGGUCAGCACCUUUGCAAGCCCUGAUCGUGGCCUAUAUUCUUUACCAUGAGGCCGGCAUUCCUGGUCUUAUCGGAGCUUUUGCCACUCUUCUAGUUGUACCGCUUCAAUCUUAUACUGGCAAAUUGUCAUCGAGGUUCCGUCUUCAAACUGCCAUCAAGACGGACGAACGGGUUCGACUGAUGGAUGAGAUUAUUUCCGGAGUACAAGUGAUCAAAAUGUACGCUUGGGAAAAACCGUUCUGCGCUAUGAUCGAGCUGGCACGGAAACUCGAGCUGCGAGUGGUCACCAAGAGUUCUUAUAUCCGUGGAAUUUAUAUGACCUUUAAUCUCUUUACAACACGUAUGGCGCUAUACAGCACACUCAUCACGAUGCUGUUGUCCGACGACGAUAUCACCGCCGACAAAAUCUUUGUCGUUUCGUCUUAUUUCAACAUCCUCUCGCACACUCUUACCGGCAUGUUCGUGCGCGGUUACGCUGAGUUGAACGAGUGCAUGGUGGCCAUUAGACGAUUGCAGAAUCUUUUGGAGCUCGAAGAAUUCCAUGACGGCAACGUCGUUAAUAAACUGUCGUCCUCCAACGAUACGCUACACGAUAAUUCAACAACCAAAGAAUCUCCUGACGAGCCAGAUCUACCUUACAUUGACGACGACGUAGUCGAAAACACAAGCGAAAGCAUCAGUAUCGAGAACAGCAAGAAGCCGAACGGAUUAGUUGUGGCCAUUGAUUUACUGAAUAAUAGCACUAAUCAUGUUGAAGAGAAAAAACAAUCAGUCAACGAGAAGUGGGCCAUCAACAUGAUCGACGUGACUGCCAAGUGGCUGAGCAAACAACCGGAAAACACUCUGGAAGACUUGAAUCUGGGAAUAGAAAAGGGCAAGUUAUACGCGGUCAUCGGCAUGGUGGGCAGUGGGAAAAGCUCUUUUCUGUCCACCAUUUUAGGCGAGCUUAGCCUGAUGAAAGGCCAAGUAAAGGUGAACGGUAGCAUCAGUUAUGCCAGCCAAGAGGCCUGGGUUUUUGGCGCUUCUAUUCGGCAGAAUAUAUUAUUCGGACAAGCUUACAAUCGUCAACGUUAUCAAAAAGUGAUCAAAGCUUGCGCUUUGCCGCGCGACUUUAAACAGUUUCCUCAAGGAGAUCAGACCAUUGUGGGAGAGAGAGGCAGUUCGUUGUCCGGCGGUCAAAAAGCCAGGAUUAACUUGGCCAGAGCUCUGUAUAGACAGUCGGAUAUUUAUCUUCUAGAUGAUCCUUUAAGUGCGGUUGAUGCUCACGUCAGUAAACAUCUGUUCCAAAAAUGCAUUCAGAGAUAUCUGGCUGGGAAGACUACGAUCUUGGCAACGCAUCAGCUGCAGUACAUAAAAGGUGUCGAUGCUAUUAUUUUAAUUGAGCAAGGAAAAAUUAAAUAUUUCUCGCACUAUAUGGAUCUACUGGCCUAUCGACCUGAGUACGGAGUACUUUUGGCAGCAGAGGAUGAGACGACUGACGAAUCGACCCUGGAAAAGAAUAUAAAUCUAAGACGACAGUUUUCUACUUCAAGUAAUAGAAGUCGUACUCCGGAAAUUACGGACGAUGAGGAAGAAGAUGAAAAUGUCGAGCAGAUAAACAACGGUUUGGAAGCGACAUCACGUGGUUUGAUUAAGGGUCCUAUAUUUAUCAAGUUUUUCCAAGUCGGUUCUAAUUUGAUCUUAGCUAUUAUUGUUUUACUUCUGUUUAUUAUUACGCAAUUUGUCGUCAGUUUCUGCGACUACUUUGUGCCUUAUCUAAUCAAUAUUGAAGAAGUGCGAAAGUACAAAACUAGGCUUCACUUGAAUCUAACAGACGAUAUUUAUGCAAACGAGACAAACCCGAUCAUCGAGAAUCUGUUGCCGAAGACUACUUAUAUCUAUAUUUACACCGGCAUUGUGCUGGGUAUCUUCUUUAUCGGCAUCACUAGAUCAUUGGUGUUUUACAAGACAUGCAUCACAUGCUGUCAGCGUCUACACGACAUGAUGUUCAACGCGUUGAUCCGUACGGGAAUGCGAUUUUUUGACACCAACCCGAGCGGACGGAUUCUUAAUAGAUUUUCUAAGGACAUGGGCACGAUCGACGAGUGGUUACCAAAGGUGAUCCUCGACGCCGGUCAGAUGAACUUGAUGAUGAUUGGCUCUUUGGUAGUGACCUGCAUCGUCAAUCCUAUUUUCCUAGUGCCGGUUAUAUUCAUAAGCAUGAUUAUCUAUUGGAUCCGGAAAGUUUACUUGAAGACUAGCAAGAACAUCAAGCGACUGGAAGGAAUAGCACGAUCUCCGGUGUUCACUCACUUGAAUGCUACGCUAAACGGCCUGACGACUAUUAGAGCAUACUGCGCUCAGGACAUACUCAAACGGGAAUUCGACAAAUUGCAAGAUUAUCACACGUCCACUGUCUACAUGUAUAUUGUGACCAGCACGGCGUUUGGAUUUGCUCUCGACGUGUUUUGCUUUGUCUUUACCUCGUUCGUCACUUUCAGUUUUUUGUUGCUCAAUCAGACGUUUUCUGGCGGCGAGGUCGGACUGGCUAUUACCCAAGUAAUGACAAUGACUGGAUUGAUUCAAUGGGGAAUGCGACAAAGCGCGGAAGUGGCAAACCAGAUGAUGGCGGUGGAACGUGUACUCGAAUAUAUUCAGCUACCGCCGGAACCGAAUUUGCGUGACAGAGGCGCGUACUUGAAGAAAAAAGAGAGACAAAAUCUGUCUCUGCCCGCUAGCGCUCCCAAUGGCUGGCCCGACGCAGGUUGCAUUCAGUUCAUCAAUGUCUAUAUGAAGUACUCGGAUGACGAUCCGUACGUUCUCAAGAAUUUGAACAUUGUAAUGCGUCCCGGAGAGAAGAUUGGUAUCGUGGGAAGAACAGGUGCUGGAAAAUCGUCACUUAUAACAGCUCUCUUCCGAUUAGCGAAAAUGGAAGGAAUUAUUAAGAUUGACAGUAUAGAUACGGGUCAAAUUGCUUUGGAGGAUUUGCGCGGCAAGAUAUCUAUUAUACCCCAAGAUCCCGUUUUGUUCUCGGGUACACUAAGACGUAAUCUGGAUCCGUUCAACGAGUUUUCCGAUCUUGCUGUAUGGGAAGCGCUCGAUGAGGUCGAGCUAAAAGACGCGGCUGUUAUCAAUAAUGGUCUGGAAAGUCGCGUGUUUGACAGAGGUAGCAACUACAGUGUCGGACAGAGGCAACUUGUGUGUUUGGCAAGAGCUAUUUUGAGGAACAAUCGUAUUCUGAUGUUGGACGAAGCGACCGCUAAUGUGGAUCCUCACACCGACGCGUUGAUUCAGCGCACCAUCAGGAAGAAGUUCGCGACCUGUACGAUGCUCACGAUAGCGCAUCGAUUGAACACUAUAAUGGACAGUGACAAGGUUCUGGUGAUGGAUAAAGGUCGCAUGGCUGAGUAUGAUCAUCCCUACGUGUUACUGCAAAACAGUCAGAGUCAAUUCACGUCAUUAGUGAGAGAAACCGGUCCGGGUAUGUACGAGCAAUUGACCAAGGUAGCGAAGCAAGCGUAUGACGUCAAGUACGGGGAAACAUGAUAACGCAUCGGACGAACGACAUGAAGCUUUUUUGUUAAUUCGAGUUUUCAUAUUCUUAAUCUUGAUAGUAAUGAAAGUAAAUAAUUAAACAUAUAAUUGUAGGUAAAUUUGUACGCAAAACAUAUAGGAAAAAAAUUAAAAGGAAAGGAAACAAAUCAUUAUAGCAUAAAUAAGAGUGAAGUUUACCUACAGAAGAGGAAAAAAUUAUUUGCAUGUUUUCUAAGAUAUUUUCAAACACAAGCGCGACACUGCAGCUAGUAUAACACAUGUUCGCGAUGCUGAAUGUAUUUCUAUGUAAAACUAUGUUGAAUUAUUAUAUAUAAAUCUAUAUCAAAAGAAUCGUAUUUUUAUAUCGUAUCUAAUAAUGGUUAUUGCGUUGAGGUAUUUUUCUCGUCAAGUACAAGUUUUUCAAAAUAAAAAAAAAUAAUAAUAAAAGAAAAGAAAAGAUUUACUCAUAUUUUUCUACUCUACGCUUCGUAUACUUCCAGAAACUAUAAACGUUUCUCGCUUUAUGUGAUAAGCAUUUGCGUUUACAUAAAUAUACAUGAACAUACAUAAAAACGAACUGACUGACAAAGAAAAGAUUUCAUUAUAAGCGAUAUAAAGAAUAGAUUUCAUUAUAUGCGCAAAACUCAAAGACGUUACGCGUUACAUAAGUUUGAUUUAAUUUUUAUCAUAAUUUUGAAAAGAUUUGCAAUUUAUUGUGUAUCAUAAAAACAAUAAUAAAUAUGUGUACAAUAACUAAUGCGGAUAAUCUUGUUUUAUGUAAUUUUAAAAAGAAAGAAGAAUGCGUUUGGUUUUUAAUGUUUAUCUUAGUAUUAUAUUUCUUUUAUAGUAGAAUAUACAUACUAGAAAACCGUGUAUGUGUGAUGUGUAAAAUUUUUAUAAACAAUUUCUCAUUUUAUUUCUUAUAAUUAUAUUUCUUAUCAUUUUUGGUAAAACAAAAAUUAUAAGAAAUAAAAUAAAUACCUAAAACAUAACAUUUAUAUUUAUCAUCAACAUCAUGAACAUUAUAGUUUUGGAUUUUUUUUAGAUAUUUUGUUAGACUUAGACUGUAAAUAAGUCAUUAAAAAAUUGAGUAAAAUUUUGCAGUCCAGUAACGACACUAUAAAACAUUUCAUCUUAACUGGAAUGUUUAACAAACGCUAGGAGUACUUGCUCUUUGUUAUCGUUGCAGAGAAAAGAACUCAAUAUUUUUAUAAACUGUAUUUAUAGAAUAUAAUAACUGCAAGCAUCUCUCUUAUAUAUUAUUUAUAUAUUGUACAUG